AUGGCAGUCUCAACAUCAGCGAAAGACAUCGGCCAGAAAAAAGAUGUCAACGUCGGAAAUCUGCUGCAGGUCGUUAAGACGACGAUGGCGGCAAAUAGAUCGGAUUCAUUUCCGGCUGCAAUGAGACGAAUCUGGGCCCGAGGAGGCAUCUUCGGCUUUUAUCAGGGUCUCAUACCGUGGGCCUGGAUCGAAGCGUCUUCUAAAGGCGCAGUCUUGCUAUUUGUAGCCUCCGAAGCUGAGUACAAUGCACAAAGACUAGGUGCCUCCGCAUUUGUUGCCGGUAUCGCCGGCGGCAUGCUCGGGGGCGUCGCGCAGGCCUACGCCACCGUCGGAUUCUGCACCUGUAUGAAGACAGCCGAGAUUACUCGGUCGAAAAUGGCCGCAGCUGGCACAAAGCCACCCAGCACAUUUGAGAUGUUUGCAAACAUAUACCGUGCGCAGGGCAUCCGGGGAAUCAACAAAGGGGUCAAUGCUGUGGCGAUUCGCCAGGUGACUAACUGGGGUUCCCGAUUUGGGCUGUCGCGACUGGCGGAGAAUACCAUCCGCAGGGUUACCGGCAAGGAUGACGCGCAGAAGCUGAGCUCAUGGGAGAAGAUCCUAGCUUCGUCCCUGGGUGGUGGGCUGUCGGCAUGGAAUCAGCCGAUUGAGGUGAUCCGUGUGGAGCUUCAGAGUAUGAAGAACGAUCCCCAGCGUCCAGGGAACUUGACCAUUGGUAAAACUGCCAAGUUUAUCUAUGAGCAAAAUGGGAUCCGGGGGCUAUACCGUGGCGCUACUCCUAGGAUCGGACUGGGGAUCUGGCAAACUGUCUGCAUGGUUGCAUUGGGAGAUAUGGCGAAGGAGGCCGUCGAAAAGGUGACUGGGCAAAAGGCAAGCGGACAUUAG